GAAAUAUUGACACAUGCAAAUAGUGGCACAUGAAAUAGUGCCAUUAAUGAAUUGACUUGGAAUGUUAUUGGGUGAGAAAGGCAAAUGUACGGUACACUCCAAAUUUGAAGAGGUACCAUAGAAUUAUUGUUCGGGCCAGUAGUAAAAUGAACAGUCCAACACAAAAUAAAAGUAAAUGGUACGUAGCUUCACUUCUUCUUCAGAAAGUAAAGAAAGGAUGUACGACGUACUUAUUGUCUCCUUCGUCGGGUUUGUCUUUCAGCACCGGCGAAGCAAGUCCCUCCCUAGCGGAUCAACCACCGGCGGCAGUCCGGUCCACUGGCAACUCCGGCUUCUCCUCUUCCUGCGUGAAGACAGUCCGGCAGUCCGGGCAGUUGGGUUUCUCCUCCGAUAUGCUUCGCCCUGGAGUUCCCCGUCGGUACACUGGUGGUCUGGCGACGUCCCUUUCAAUGCAGUUUGAUGACUUCUUUGUCAGUACUCUGCCUUAUGAAAAUGCAGUAAAGGAAAACAACAAAGGAAUUUGAUGAAUCAAUAUCAAAGACUAGGAGUUGAGGCCACAAUCUGGCAACUAACUCCACUAACGUAGUGCACACUCUGCACUUUUAUUUGACUCAUUCAAAAACUAAACUAACUCCUACAUUUGUGUAGUUUAAUUAAAACAUUUACUCAGUCUAAAACAUAGCACACAUACGUGCAUGUUUAUUUUAUUUUCUGGACAGCAUAAAUAAUAGAACUAAACCAUAAAACAAGUUUAAAAUAUAACGUUCACUCCCCUAAACUUGUUACCUUAAUUACUUGACAGUCUUCAAGCUAAGUUUCUCUCUGAGUUCCAUGAACCUUUGACGACCAAGUGGCUUAGUUAGCAUAUCUGCUAACUGAAAAUCAGUCUUCACAUAUUCCACCUUAAUUUCUCCAUUCUGUACACAUUCACGGAUGAAGUGAUACCUUGUAUCUAUGUGUUUACUUCUGUCAUGAUAGACUGGAUUUUUUGCUAAAGCAAUAGUUGAUAUGUUAUCAACCUUCAGAGUGGCUCUUAUUUGAUCAUCUCCUCUCAUGUUGUUCAACACUCUACUAAGCCACACACCAUGACAUGCUCCAGCUGUUGCACUUAUAUAUUCUGCCUCACAUGAUGACAAAGCAACUACUCUUUGCUUUUGAGAGACCCAAGUAAUGGGUUUUUCUCCCAGAAAAUGCACCACACCAGUUGUACUUUUCCUAUCAUCUAUGUCACCAGCUAAGUCACUAUCACAGUAGCCCACCAAGUCAUCAUCCAGCUGCUCUUUUUUAUAAACACACCCCAGAUUCAAAGUUCCUCUCACAUAUCUCAGAAUCUGUUUUACUCAUGUCAUGUGUGCAGUUGUAGGAGCUUCCAUGUACCUACUCAUUACUCCAACAGAAUAACUUAAGUCAGGCCUUGUGUGCACCAAAUACCUCAAACUCCCAAUCACACUCCUAUAAAGAGUUUCAUCAACUGGAGGCUCUCCAUUUCCCAGUUUGCUCAUCUUAGUUCUAGGCUCCAUUGGAAGUUGGCAUGGAUUGCACUCCCCCAUUCCUAGUUUCUCCAAGACCUUCUUUGCAUAACAUGACUGACUUAGAGUGAUUGAGUUUGCAUCUUGUUUUACCUCAAUUCCUAGGUAAUAACUAAGCAAAACAAGAUCACUCAUUUCAAACCUUUGUUGCAUCUCUGUUUUGAAUGAAUUUAUGAUGGAAUCACUUGAUCCUGUCAAGAUCAGAUCAUCCACAUAAACCCCUACUAACAUUGCUUCAUCUCCUUUUUUUUCUUUUGUACAAAGCAUGCUCCUCUGGGCAUUUUGAGAAACCCAGUGACUUCAAACACUUGUCUAGCUUGGAGUUCCAAGCUCUAGGAGCUUGCUUCAACCCAUAUAGGGCCUUGUGCAGUCUUAAAACCAUCUGUGGGUUCUUAUUAUCAAUGAAACCAUCAGGUUGUGUAACAUACUCCUCCUCCUCAAGCUCUCCAUUCAGGAAAGCCGUCUUCACAUCCAUGUGAUGAACAUCCCAGCUCUUGUGUGCUGCAUAGGCUAACAGUAACCUGAUUGUUUCAAGCCUAACCACUGGUGCAAAAACCUCACUGUAGUCCACACCAUAUCUUUGCACAUACCCCUUUGCCACGAGUCUUGCUUUGUGUUUGACUACUUCACCUUCUGGGGUUUUCUUCAGUUUGAACACCCACUUAAGACCAAUUGCCUUUUGAUCUUUUGGCAGCUUUACUAACUCCCAGGUUCCAUUCUUUCUAAUGGAAGCUAUCUCCUAUUCCAUGGCUUGUUUCCAGUUUUCAUUUUUAGAGGCCUCUUCAUAAGAGGUUGGUUCCUCAAUAGAAAGAAAACAUAAGCCUGCUUCUUCAUCAACCUCACGUGUAGCAUCAUAUAUCUCCUGCAGAGAUCUAUAUUUGUGGAGGCCCUCUGAGCUUGAGUUUGUAUUGAUGCUUUGAGGGGUUGUUGGAGAGUCUGGUGCUGAAGACGUUGGAGAAUUGAAGUGAUCAUUUGGCUCAGUUCCUGGGCUUGUAUUACUUUGUACUGUGAAACUUCCAUCAGUAGAUACUUCUUCUCCAGACUUGGCCCAACACCAAUCUUUCUCUUCUUCAAAAAUCACAUCCCUACUUAUGAUCACUUUACUCUUCUUGGGAUCAAAGAGCCUGUAUGCUUUGGACCCUUCUUCAUAGCCUAGCAAAAUUGUUUGUAUACUUCUGUCUGCUAGCUUUGGAAGAUUUGGAGACACAUUCUUAGAAUGUGCUAGACAACCAAACACACGAAAGUGAUGUACAUUAGGGACUCUCCCAUACCAGGCUUGGUAAGGGGUCAUACCUUCAACAUUCUUUGUAGGUGCUCUAUUUAGAAUAUAGAAUGCUGUCUUGGCUGCUUCUCCCCAAUAUUUAGCAGGUAGGCCCUUACUCUUCAUCAUGCUUCUAGUCAUUUCAAUUAUGGUUUGAUUCCUUCUCUCCACAACACCAUUUUGUUGUGGUGUAUAUGGAGCUGUUAGGAACCUUUUUAUCCCUUCUGUCUCACAGAAGUCCUUAAAUGCAACUGAUGUGAAUUCCCCUCCUCUGUCAGUCCUGAAUGCUUUUAUUUUCUUCUCAGUUUCCACUUCCAUACUAACUUUGAAUUUCUUAAAAACAUUCAGGGCCUCAUCUUUACUUUUCAACAUGAAAAUCCACAUGUAUCUUGAAAAAUCAUCUACCAGAAGCAUAAAAUACUUAUUACCUCCAUGUGUUGCUGGCGUGAUUGGUCCACAUAGGUCUCCGUGUAUGAGUUCAAGUUGCUUUCUUGCUCUGUAGCUUGCCUUCUGGGGAAAUGACAGUCUGUGUUGCUUGCCAACUACACAACCAUCACAAACCUGAUCCACUUGGUUGAUUCUUGGCAUUCCUUCCACCAUUUCCUGAGUAGACAACUUCUUCAUGGAAUUCAAGUUUAGGUGCCCAUAGCGUGCAUGCCAUAACCAUCCCUCAUUCUUCAGGUUUGCCAGAAGACAUACCUGGUCUGCAAGUUUAAAAUGAGCCACAUACAACCUGUUUGAUUGUCUGCUUACUUUCACAACCAGCCUUUGUCUGUUGUCAUAGAGCUUCAAAUGGCCUUCCUCUAUGACUGUUUUGGCCCCACCUUCAUCCAAGUGACCAAGACUUAAGAUGUUGCUUUUCAGCUUUGGAAUAUAGUAUACUCCUGUUAAAGUCAAAUGCUCAUCAUUCUUGCAUUUGAAUACAAUUGAUCCUUGCCCACAUAUCUCAAUCACUGACCCAUCACCAAACCUAACUUUUCCAGUGAUGGUGUGAUCAAUUUCUGUGAAGUAUGACUUUUCACCAGACAUAUGAUUGCUUGCUCCUGUGUCAAGGUACCACUGACUUUCAUCUCUUUGCAAAGUCUGUGAUCGAGACUUCUCUUCAUGAAACAUAGCCACAUCUGUUUUAAUCACAUGUGAGGUUACCAAUUCACAUGUUUUCAACAUCAGUAGAGCAGGAUCAUCAUCUGUAUUGUUCUGUGUCAAAUGGACAUUUUCCUCCUUCUCUUUUGAGUUACACUCAGAUGCGAAAUGCCCCAUUUGACCACAACCAUAACAUUUGAUUUUACUUUUGUCAAAUUUCUUCUUUUGUGGCUGAGUUUCCCUUUCAUUUCAUCUACUGGAGUCACCACCUCUGCCUCUACCACGCCCACAGCCACGUCCUCUUCCUCCUCUUGAACUGGCUUGGUCCCUUGGUUGUUUCUUUGAGGCCUUUCCAUCCUCUCUAGCCUUCCAUUUUGCCCUAGUGAGCAAGAUAGUCUCAUCAGACCUACUCCCACAUCCAAUAGUCCUUUCUUCGUAUGCUUUGAGUGAUCCAACUACUUCUUCAGAAGUUUUGGUUUUUAAAUCACAAAACUCUUCAAUGGUUGAGACAAUCUGAAUAAAUUUUGAUGAUGUGGAUCUCAGUAGUUUCUUCACAUCUUUCUCCUCCUCCACUGUGUUCCCUAGAUUUCUGAGUUUGCUGACAAUGAUCAUGAGUUUUCCGGAGAAUUCAUCAAUAGUUUCUGUAUCACUCAUUUUCAUUGCCUCAAACUCACGCCAUAAGGUUUUGGGAUCUGACCUCCUUCACUUUGUCAACUCCUUGGUUCAUCAUUUUGAGCAUAUUCCACGCUUCCUUCGUUGUUUUCUUGGCACCCAACUGGAGCAAAGUAUCUUCACUUAUACCUUGAUAGAUGGCUGCUAAAGCCAUCUUAUCUCUCCUAUUGUCUACUGGCCCGUUGGUCUCAACAGCUUCCCACACGCCUUGUGCCAUCAUAAAUACUUCCAUUUUGAUGGGCCAAGCUGCGUAAUUACUCCUCGUUAACAGAGGAUAUUUGAGUGUCACAGAUCCUCCUUCUCUGUCUGCAAUGGUGUUGUCUGUGUUGGUUGAUGUGGAGUUGCCAGUAGAACUAUCUCUAGUUGAAUUCCGAGCCAUUCUUAAUCGUAGCUCUGAUACCAAAUGUCAGUACUCUGCCUUAUGAAAAUGCAGCAAAGGAAAACAACAAAGGAAUUUGAUGAAUCAAUAUCAAAGACUAGGACAGUACUGGAUAGUAUGUUUUUUUAAAUGGCGUGGAGCUCUUAUGGCUACCAUCACCUUUUAUUGAUUUAUAUAAACACUUGAAGAAUAACUGAAGCUACAAACUAGGAGUUGAGGCCACAAUCUGGCAACUAACUCCACUAACGUAGUGCACACUCUGCACUUUUAUUUGACUCAUUCAAAAACUAAACUAACUCCUACAUUUGUGUAGUUUAAUUAAAACAUUUACUCAGUCUAAAACAUAGCACACAUACGUGCAUGUUUAUUUUAUUUUCUGGACAGCAUAAAUAAUAGAACUAAACCAUAAAACAAGUUUAAAAUAUAACAUUCUUUUCUCCUCCAGCGAAUAUGAAUCGGUACUUCGGAGUCCGGAGGUUCUUAUGUAGUCGCAGAGGUCUGCUCCUCCGGCGUUUUAAGCGAGCGACGGCGGUGUUUUGCUCCGGUGUAAAAUCAGUCCGGCGAGUCUUGCUACGGCGUCCCGGCGUACUUAUUGGCGACGUUCGCCCCUCCACUUCUCCCUUUUUCCAUCGCAGACCUUCCCUCUUUUUUCUUUUCGCGUCUUUCUCUCGUAGCUUCGUUGUAUGCAUGGUCGUACCAAGUACAUAUAUAUGGACACACUGAAGGUUCUAGCAUUACGUUAUAAGGGUUAUGAAUCUCAGGCAUUU